AUGGCUGCUGCAGGGGGUCACAUCCAGCGUCUCCACGAUGAAGCCACUUGCUCCAUCUGCCUGGAAUAUUUUAAGGAUCCAGUGAUCAUCCCAGAGUGUGGGCACAACUUCUGCCGAUCCUGCUUGAUCCAGUGCUGGGAGGAAUCGGAGGCAGAGGCUUCCUGCCCUCAGUGCAGAGAAAGAGUCCAGAGAAGGAGCCUCGUCUCCAACCGGCAACUGGCAAACUUUGUAGAAAUAGCUCAGAAUCUCAGCCUUCAAGAGGGAAAGGAGGAAGGAGGGAAAGGAGGAGUCUGCGAGGAUCACCAGGAGCCCCUGAAGCUCUUCUGCAAAGUCCACGAAGCCCCCAUCUGCGUGGUGUGUGACAAAUCAAAGGAACAUGAAAAUCACAAGGUGAUUCCUCUGAAGGAGGCUUUGGAGGAAUACAAGGUAGGAGAUCCCUGGAUCUUGAGGGGAGAAAUAGCUGUGGAUUCUUCUUGGGAGGUUUUCUUUUUAAUUCUCAGGUCCAAAGUCGGCAUGGCAUGAAUUGGUGGUUGUUUAUGUUAGGAGUCAUUCUGCAAAGAAACAGAAAAGAUGAUUGUAACUUUAAGAACUUUUUCUGCGAGUUCUGGCUGUGGUUUUCUAGGCUGAAGAGGUACAGCUGGUGAUGAGUAUAAAAGGGGAGAAGUUGCAGUUUGAAUUUGCCUGCAGAGAGAGAACACCCACAUGCUUUGUGUUUUUGUAUAGCUGUAAUAAAACCUUUGUUUGAGUGUUUUACACCGGUCUCGUGGUUCUUUCUCUGCCACCAGAAGAAAAACCACCUCUAACAGUUUAUUAUGUAAAAAACAGCCAAGAGGAAGCCUGAGGGCUCCUGGGAGGAGGGAGUUGAAGUCUUUCUCUCUGCCAGGGGGACAAAGGGAUCUUCCCUUGAAAUACUCACAGCAGCUUCAAAGAUUUGAACUGGUACCAUGGUAGGAAGAGAAAGGGUUAACCUCGUUUACAUCCCCCAGCAGGUUGCUUUGUACAUAUGAAAAACACUACAAAUGUACAUUGCACAUACACAACUAAGUACAUGUCUCUCUUGGCUAGCAGGAUGUCUCCUCAAUGCCCUGCAAAGCAGAUAGUAGCAAGGGAUCAACUGGGGGGGGGGGCGGUGGCCAGGAAUUGACCAGAUGGUGCAGGAUCCUCCCCCCAAGUAACUGUUGGAAGCAGAUUUAGGAGUGGGGGCGGAGUGGAAGCACCUACUGGUGAGGAGCACGCUUAUUCUGGGGGUGCUGUGGGGCCUGUGCAAUGAGGUUUCAGUGGGGGGGGGGGGGUUGAGGACCUCCUCCCAUCCCAAAUAGUAAAGGACUCAGUGAUUCCAGAGUAGCAUCUGCAAAGACUAGGGGGAAAGAUAACUUUUCCAUGACAACUCAGAAUUGGACCUGUGCUAUUAUACUGUAUAUAAAAAAUAAAAUUCUCAUUCUGGACCCUGCCUUAGCCCUUCCUCCUCCUCCUCUUCCCACGUCUCCCUGGGACCUCAAGAUGAGAAGUCAGGCUAGAACUUUCCUCAGAGAAGUUCAAAGGAGCAAGCAUGGCUGCCUUUGCUCUUCUCCAGACUAGAAAACUUUCCCAUCCCAGUUCUGCCGUGCUUUUCAACCCGUGUGCUGUGGCACCUGGGGUGCCUUGAAUGAUGCUCAGGGGUGCUGCUGGCAACACUGGCCUCUGUCCCUCUUUCCUUCCCUCCCAUAGCUGCCUCCCAAAGGCUUGCACAGCUGUUUGUUGCAGCAGCCCUGGCUACAAGCUCCGUGGGCGAAUGGUGCCUCUGGGGCUGGCCAGGGGGUGUUGGCUGCCAGGAGCUGAGGCGGCCUCGGAGGAAGCAAGCAAACUGGCGAGGGGCCCUUGCUGUUGGGAAGGGACAGACAAGUCCCAGGCUCCUGUGGGGCAGCGGGGGCAGCUCAGAAAGAGCACUCCGCAAGGGGGAGGGUGUUUGAGAAAGGGUGAGGGGCUGCAAGCUCCGCAAGCAAGGGGGGACCUAACUGGGGAUCCUGAGCCCCACAGGGACACCGCAGAAAGAAGGUAGUUGGUCCAGGUAGCCAUGGACCCAAAAAGGUUGUACUUUUAUUUCCUCUAGUAAACUACUUCGCUGUUAUAGCAAGGCCACUGGACCCAAGAAGCCUGUAAAAUAUUCAUCUCCUCUCUCUGUGUCUCAAGCAAACCUAAGUUUCCCUUUUUCUUUUCAGGAAGAGAUCUGCCACCGCCUGGAGAUUCUGAGGAAAGAGAGAGAGGAAAUUCUGGCCUAUCAAGCAGCCCUGGACAAGGAAAGCAAAGACCUCCUUGUAAGUGCCACUCUUGUUACUAGGGGGGGAACAAGCACUUGAAGAAUUGAGUCAGGACUGAGGAGGGAUGGGGAAAUCUGCCCAUUUCAACUUCCCCCCAUUCUCCUUUUUCCAUAUCAGUUUGUUUGUUUAUUUAUUAUUAUGAAAAUGAAUAAAAUGCUAAGGUGCCUACAUUCUUGUAUAAAUAUUUUGAUAUGUACUUUAUCCUCAUAAAUACAUUUUUGUGAACAUUACCUGGCGAGUCAAAAUAGCAAGGAAAAUUCUCCUUGCUUUAGGCUGUAGCUCUCUGCGAAAUAGAAGUCAACAGAAAAUUCAGUGGAGAGGGCCUCCCCUCAAAUUAAAGGUUUACUUCUUUAGUAACUGGAGGUUUCAUGUCUCUGAAAAAUCAGAAGUGUCCUCCCUGUGGAAUUCUCACAAUUCUCUUAAUGAUGUCUUGAAGGCUGAGCACCUUCCAUACUCAGACCUCCUCUUUUCUUGCAGAAAUUAACAGAAACGGAGAGGCUGAAGAUUGUGGAGAAGUUCAGAGAACUGCGCCAGUUCCUGGAAGAACAAGAAAAACGUCUGCUGACUCACGUGGAAGAGGUGGAGAAGGAGAUUGCAGGGAGAAGGGAUGAGCAGCUGGCCAGACUCUCCAGGAAACUCUCCUCUCUUGAGAGGAUCAUCCAGGAGAUGGAGGAGAAGAGUCAGCAGCCAGCGAGUGAACUCCUGCAGGUAAGAUGGUGGCAGGAACAGCCCAAGGCUCCAGGAAAAGGCUGCCUCUAAUCCUUCAUGUGCCCCUUUCAUGUAUGCAAGGAGUGCAGGGGAUGAGUUGAUGGAGCCCCUAGUCAGGUUGUAAUGGACAGGAAGACCCAAGAAACCUGGGAUGCUUAACUCACCAGAAUGCAGACUAGAGAUUCAUCUGUGUUCUUGAUGGAACGGGAGCUGAUCUUCUGCUCUUUGCUGAUGCUUUGUCUCCGAACGCCUUUCAGCUGUGGGGGGCUUCGCUGUGGAUGCGUUCAGGCCUCCUUCCGACAUGAGCCAGUCUCUUGACCAAGCUUCUCUUCCCGUUUCCUGCACAACUUCUGGGUUGAACCCCUUCCCCAUGGAUACGGAUCAGCCCAAAAUGGUGCUCAGUCACAGUGACCAAAGAGCAAGACAGAGGGACUCAUCCAGACUGCUGCUUGUCCCACCCCUUUCCUCCAGGAAAUCCCACUGUUCACUGCUGAAUUAGAGCAAACCUCAGCCAGGUUUUCUCCAGACUGACGUUUGCUUUGAUGUUGCACCAAGGAGCAGGUUUUUCCUGAGGGAAAGCGGCAGGGCAAAGACAAAACCACUUGGACCCGUGUUUUCUAGGCACAGGAACAGCAGAAGUGUGGGUGAGCCCAAAGAAACACUGACCUAUUCUAUUACCCCUUGGGAGGCAUUUUAUGCUGCAGGUGCUUUUUAAAUUUCCAGGUGGAAAAUAGCAUUUGAAAUUUGGGGACUUCUAUGGAAGACAGUUUAGGACAGUGCCCUGGUAGGAUUAUCCUGUAGGCUUACUUACGUCUGAAUUGCACAAUGCAAACUGGAUUAAAGUUAUUAAAUUAUAAUCUAAGACUAGAGAUGGUGUGAAUUGUCUCUUGAACCCACAAAUGUGAAAUUUCCCUAAAAUGCCGGUGGGUUUUCAUAAGGAUUUUAAACAAAAAUGGCAAACUGAUGUCGAAAUGUGGAGAUCUUGAAAUCAGAACAGUUAAUAAUUUCACACUGGGAAAAUAAAAGCUGUGAGAAACCAAAACUGGCUGAUUCCGCCAUCCCUACCCAAAACCUUGGCGUGUGCCAGGCAGACUGACAUCUGAGGGCCAGGGUCUGAGGGGGUCUUCCCAGUGUGGCCUGUGGUGUGCAGUGAAUUCCCUUCUCUUUUUCCCUCUAGGAUAUGAGAGGCACCUUGCAGAGGUGAGUGGAUCUGGCUCAUUUCCAUUAGCAUCACUCUUUGAAGCUGAGAUGCCAGAACCUCAGACAUGGCCCUCCAGGGACUGCAGGGGGGAGACUGUAGGACUCACUCCCUGAGGCACCUCACAGGUAAAAGCAGGGCCCCCUCUUCUGAACUUGUAGCCCCCCAAUUCUCCCUCCAAGGAUCAAGGUCAACUGCCUCCUCCCUCCCUCCCCACAUCACCUCACAAAGGGAUAGGGGCUCUUUUCUUUCUCUUGCACUUUCUGUUCAUGGACUUUGUGGUAAUUUCAAACACCUAGAAGAGAAAGUGCCAAAGAUGCUUGUGAAGAGCUUAGGAUGUACCAACAGAUUUCAAUGUCCAAGUAGCAUCUUCUCCAAGUAGCAGCCACCCAACUCUUGGCAGCUUUGGACAUCACUCACAUCCUCUGGAGAAGCUCAGGGAGGGAGGGAUUGCAGGCAUUCCACCUCAGGGGUUUGGUUCUUAAGUCCUGGCACCUUCCCAGAAAGCUGUUAGGGGGCAGCAUUGUUUGAAGCCAUGGGAGCCCUCCGGUGGUGUCGCUUGGGGUUACAUCUUGUCCCUUGUGCUGUUUAGCAUCCUUACGAAGCCACUGACAGCCGUCCUCAGGGGUUUUGGACUGAGGUCUCAUCUGUGGUGGAAAUAAACCUGUUGGGAAAUAAACUUCCACUUUGUUCAUCUUAUUGAAAUCUCCUGCAAGAAUUAGGGAGACAGUGCCACAAUGGGGCCAUUAAUUGUUUUUCUUUUCACCAGGUAUGAGGAAAGAGAGAGUCCAGAGAAGCCACUGGCUUUCCCUCCAGAGCUGAGGAACAGGAUCUUGGAAUCCGGUGAACUAAAUCACCUUGUGGAGAAUACAAUGAAACAAUGGAAAGGUAAUGAAAACUGGAUGCCAGGAUUUUACACUGGGAAUUCUACUAUUUCUUCAGAACUGAACAUGCCAGGCUCUUAUUGCAUGGAAUUGAGUAACCCCAGGAUACCUUCCUUCUUGGUGCUCCAGUCCUCAUUUCCUGCCCCCCAGAAUGGCCCAUGUAUAUUGUGACGCUGGGAAAGAAAGCCUGAACCAGAGUGUAGAGCAAAGUCAGGAUUUUUUCCUCCCGUGUGCAUCUGUUUACAAUUAUACGAAACCUCCUUUUCCUUGUGGUUCCCUGUCUGCACAAUCUGAGUUUGUCCUUUUGGAGGUUCUCCUGCUCUGAAUGGAGUCAAAGGGCAUUAAGAAGCCCCCAGUUCCCCCUCUGCCUCCUGCUCAGGCUUCUUUCUCAGCCGUGGAGCCAAGGCCUGAGCCGUCUCCUCCUCAGACGUCCCCCUGCAGCUGCCAUAUCUAGGGCUUCAGCCUUCAAGAUCUCCUGAGAGUUCCCCAUUGAGAGUGGAAGCAAGAGCACAUGGGCCCCAAAGGGCACAAUUAUGCUUGUGAAGAACCUUAAAGAUUUGUAGAAGGUUUGUGAGGAAGGACUUCCUUUUGCCUGAGAGCUCUGCCAAUCCUUCCUCAUCAAACUUCGCUUCUCCUUAUGUUUCACAAUUUUGGUUUAAGUAGUUUUCCCCACCACUUUACUUGGGGAAGAUGUUAAGGCUGCCUCCAUCUCCCCUCUGCAUCCUUUUACAGAAUUCCUCUUGCUCUGCCUCCCCUCCAGUCCUCCAAUGUAGAGCCCAAUUUCAGGGACAAAAUUCAGAGACCAGCAGGAUUCAUGCUGAAUGUUUUUAUUCUGCUAUUUGGAAGCUUGCUUUAUGAUUGCUGUGUUUUAAAGCUUUAGUUAUUUUCAUAGAUUCUUGUUAUGAUAUUCUUGUUUUUAAUUAUUUUUCUACUAUUUAAUAAUUAUACUAGAGUUUAAGGAUGCCACGUUAUGAAGUGUUACUUUUGUAUGGAGAUUUAUUUCAGGUGGAAGAGUGUUGCCCUUAUACUUUAUAUAUUUUUGCUUCCUCAGAUGCUCUGCUAUUCAGUGAACAGAUUCAGAAAGGUAAAUUUCCAGGAGAGGAACAAUUUCACAGGAGGGAUGGGGACUGACAUUUCAUGAGUGUUGAACCGUCUGCUCUGCAGACUUUGGGACCCCCAUCAAUGGCGUCACUCAGGGUAACAGUCCUCUAGUGGUUUUUGGGUUAUUUCCAUGUCCCAUGAAUGAACUGGGAGAGGGUUUGAAGGCUUGGACUGGGGGCAGAACUUGUCCAUGCGAAGAACCUGCACACCAGUCUGAGUUCCAUUUCUGCCUAUAGACCAGUGGUGGCAAACCUUUUAUGGACUGAGUGCCCAAACUGCAACCCAAACCCACUUAUUUAUCACUAAGUGCCAACACGGCAAUUUAACCUGAAUACUGAGGUUUUAGUUUAGAAAAAAACAACUCAUACAUUAACACCUUUGGUCUUAAAAGCAAAACACAAUAACAGAGCUUUCAGUGAUACAAACAACUGUUUAUUGAAAGGUAUACGUUUGUAUUUGGCAUACUUUUGAACAAGUAAUGUGAUUUUUGCUGUUGUAUGCAUGUUGAUAAUUUGUCUAACCUUGGCUCAUACUUUGUAAGUUUGAGAGCAACACAUGCAUCACUCAAGUCAUCUGUUAGUCUGUUUUUGGUUUAAGAUUUGGUAUAAUUCAAAGCUGAAAACAGCUGAUCACAAGCAUAAGAUUAUCCAAUCAAAGUAAGGAAAGCAAUCCCAAGUACUUUCAUUGAUUUAAAAUUAUUUGGCAGACAAUUCCACAAGGAUUUCAUUUUCAGAACUAACUGUGCUGUCUUUUGUCAUUCUUUCUAUCUUCUCAAGUGUUUCACGCAGGUCACAGAAUUUAUUUUUCCAGACAGACUAUUAUCCUGGUUCCCCCCUCAAUUUUAUAGAUUUUGCUUUAUUUCAUAAAAUUUAUAUACUGUUUGAUUGUGGGGAAAAGCACAGGGCAUUAGACUCAGAUCUAAGGCACCUGGCUAAACUAAUCUGCAGCAGAGAAUCCCACAGAGCAGCAUCUUAAGCUAGCCACAUCCUGUAUAAAACCCUUCUCUUGUGGCUGAACUAAAAGGAUGUUGAAUGGAUUUAUUGGUUUGGCGUGACCCCCGCUAAUUGAUUUACGAUCCACAAUUAGCUCUUUAUGCCCGGCGCGCUUCCUCCGAGCUGCGCCACUCAGCUCCGUCUCCAGUAGCUCUCCAGUCACGCCUCAGCAGAGUUAAACACAGCGGUGAAACUGUCACGUAGCUUCCACUUAGCUUCCGACAAACACACAGAGCCCGGUUUGUCUCUUUAUCAGUCCUUUAUUCCGACAUUCCCAGGAAAUCUCCUGGGCUCACAGCAGCCAUGACAAACUUGCGACCUCUUCCCUCAGAGACCAGAGAGGAACAGAAACGAAAACUCCUCCCAGACUCCUCCCAGCUUCUAAAGCUGACGUCAGAAUGCUGAGGCAUCAUGGGAACUUCUUAACCUGUUAAGUUCCAAACCCAACACCCCCUCUUGCCGAACCAUUCUGACAAGACCUUUUUGAGUUCAACACCUUCCCCUUUGCCUUAUGCCACUUCCCGGCAUCUUUCCCAGGCACCUGUUGAACCCCUUCAACACUCCCAGAAUCACACUGUGCGACACUUUUCCACGCACUUGUGACCUGAUACCCUACUGACCCAUUUGGGCCAGCAGUUGUGUCUUCUCCGUCAGAUCCUUCCCCUCUGACUUGACACCCUGUUUGUGAGCUUUCUCCAUUACGCUAACCGGAGAUGAAGCCUCACACCUGGACACUCCUUUCACAACCUUUGGAGAUGCCCAGACCUGCCCUGAACCCUGAUCUUGGACCUGGUCCCCAUCACCGGGUUCUGAACCCUGAUCCUGGACCUGGUCCCUAUCACCGGGAUCAGCCUCUGGCUCCCUUUCCUCCUCAGAAUCAGACAGACAUUCUGAGAGAAAAACAGGACUAUCCCUGAGUCUUGAACACCCACCCUGUUCACAGAACUCAGCCUGCUUACUGACCAGCAGCUUGGUUUGAUCACCCUCUGGGUAUGCAAACUUCCACCCAUUGGUUGCAGGAUCAUAUCCACAGAAGAUCAUUUCCUGAACCUUUGGACCACCUGCCCCAAAGAGCUCAAAGGGCUCUUUGGCUACCCUCCCAAACCCGGGAAAACCAUGUACCUGUGCACCCUUGCAUGCCCUGCACCCUAGGGACCUCCCACAUUUCCGGAGUUUGUACCCUUUUGUGCACCUGUGCAGCUUUUGCACAUGACUGGGAACCUUAGCACACUGCGCCUGUGCUUUUCCAGCAUUCCCACCACCCUCCAGAGGUGACUCCAGAACAAAGAGAUUGUUCUGCCCACUUUUCACGUUGGCCACUUGUUUCCCCCCUCUGAAAAUGGAUAACAAACAACAAUUCAGUCCCGGCACAACGUAGACCUCUAGCUCCUCCUGUAAAGGAGAAAAAGACAUGUUAGCCACAGCAGAAACCGACUUUCUCAUUCCGUCUGCUAACAUCACAGUUGUGUCCUGUUGAAAACAGCUCUGCAGUUCCGCAUUUCGCCAGCAGGCUCGCUUAGCAGGUGCUGACCAACAGCAGUAUUCAAAACUCAGCGUGUCACCGUGUCCUGGCUGGAGUUGUUCUUCACAGUUGCCAUAGAAGCAGUGAUAAGAAAACAACCCUCCCCAGCGUCUGAACCACGUCCUUCCCUUGCGUUCCCACGCUGGCCUCCUCUCCGAGACUGAUUCCCAUGGGAACUCAGCUGGUUGACCUUGGGACCUUCCUGCCCAGCUGUCUCCGCUCUCCAUGGGCAGCAACGACGAACUCCAGUGGAAAAACACUGCCCGGGGCUCCUCCCAGCUGGCCUCCUUCUCCUUCUUCCGGAAAAGCACUCCUUGCCAGCUCCGCCCCCUCUGGCCUGGCUCCCACUGCGGCUUUCUGGGAACCUGCUUUGUUGACAUUCCACUCCAGCACGCACAGUGGACAAGCCUUUACACUUGCCUUUGGAAUCCUUCGCCCCCCCGACCUGCUCACUAGCACUCCUUGAGGCUAAAGCAUCAGGAACAGGGGCUCCAGCCAUCUCUAGGCUUUUCUCAAUACUUCCUCCAGGGCUCUGGCCUCCUGCUGAAGUUUCACAGCACAUCCCAGCAGCACAUUCCCAGACAGCCCUUGCUGACUUUACGCCCUUGCCCAACUUCUUAGAGUGAGCAUUUCAAACGGAAUGUCCUCCAAGACCUGGCUGUCUGCCAUCGUCUUCCCGGGGCCCCAAGCUUACUCACCAGCUUAUCCGGCACCCGUUUCCAGCUGCUCCCAGCUCCCAGCACUCAGCUCUCAGCACAGGCAAACACUUUGCGUCUUUCAGCUGCUCUGAGCUCCGCAGCUCUCCUUUGCCUCUUAACACCAGGCAAAAAUUCCUGCCAGCGACUUCAAACGCAUUCCGGCACUUCAAAGCGUUCCUGUGACAGUUUUACAAUCGGUGAUUAAGGGUCCAUAACCUGUUGAAUUGAUUUAUUGGUUUGGCGUGACCCCCGCUAAUUGAUUUACGAUCCACAAUUAGCUCUUUAUGCCCGGCGCGCUUCCUCCGAGCUGCGCCACUCAGCUCCGUCUCCAGUAGCUCUCCAGUCACGCCUCAGCAGAGUUAAACACAGCGGUGAAACUGUCACGUAGCUUCCACUUAGCUUCCGACAAACACACAGAGCCCGGUUUGUCUCUUUAUCAGUCCUUUAUUCCGACAUUCCCCAGGAAAUCUCCUGGGCUCACAGCAGCCAUGACAAACUUGCGACCUCUUCCCUCAGAGACCAGAGAGGAACAGAAACGAAAACUCCUCCCAGACUCCUCCCAGCUUCUAAAGCUGACGUCAGAAUGCUGAGGCAUCAUGGGAACUUCUUAACCUGUUAAGUUCCAAACCCAACAAAGGAUACUGGCUCAGCUGCAAGAUCUUGACAAAGGAGUCUGGGAGGGCUAGAGUUAACACCACCCUGCCCUUAAGGAGAGUCCAUAUGUGCAUGUUUAACAGUUUAAUAAAUUGUUCUGUGCACAGAGAUGUGAACAUCAGCCCAAAUACUUUCAUGUGGCAAGCGAGGGAGCAAUAUGUAUUAUUGUUAUUUUGUUGUUGAAAGUUAACAACAUUGCUACUAGCAAUAAAUCCCAGCUUCGAAAGCCUACAUAGAGUAGGGGUAUUUCAAAUGAGAGUCGUCAUAGCCAUCCAUGGUUAAAAGUAGAAGUUGGCAAAUGUGUCCUCUUUUUUGCUCUUCAAAAUAACGCUACACUUGCCUAUCAAGACUGUCUUAGCCCCUAACUGGUAAUCUUUUGAGUUAUUCCUCCUUCUCCCAGGGAACUAGUCUUAUGGUAUAUAUUAAAUCCGAAAGAGAAGCAUGGAAUAAGCAGUCCUUUUUAAAAUUGCCCUGCCACCUGCCUCCUCUUCCCUGGCGGCAAGGCCUAAACUUCCAAGGCCUAAACUUCCACCCCCAUCGUUCAGCCUGGACACUGAGGUCCAGCGCCGAGGGCCUUCUGCCGGUUCCCUCAUUGCGAGAAGUGAGGUUACAGGGAAGAAGAGGAAGAAGAAGAGUUUGAAUUUGAUAUCCCACCUUUCACUCCCUUUAAGGAGUCUCAAAGCGGCUAACAUUCUCCUUUCCCUUCCUCCCCCACAACAAACACUCUGUGAGGUGAGUGGGGCUGAGAGACUUCAGAGAAGUGUGACUGGCCCAAGGUCACCCAGCAGCUGCAGGUGGAGGAGCGGAGACGCGAACCCGGUUCACCAGAUUACGAGACUACCGCUCUUAACCACUACACCACACUGGCUCUCGAACCAGACAGAGGGCCUUCUCGGUAGUGGCAUCCGCCCUGUGGAACGCCCUCCCUUCAGAUGUGAAGGAAAUAAGUAGCUAUCUUAUCUUUAAAAGACAUCUGAAGGCAGCCCUGUUAAGGGAAGUUUUUAAUAUUUAAUGCUGUAUUGUUUUUAACACUCGAUUGGAAGCUGCCCAGAGUGGCUAGGGAAACUCAGCCAGAUGGGCGGGGUAUAAAUAAUAAAUUAUUAUUAUUAUAUAUUAUAUAAGAUGGUAAGGAGGAAGGCACAGGAGAGACCAAGUGGGUGAGAGAGAUGGAGAGCAGGAAUAAACAGGCUCCCCACUUAAAGCCAUUUUCACUUGUGGGCACAAGGGCCCAGAACGUGACCCCCGUGAAAGUGAGGGGAGGCUUAUAUGUGGUUUUAUGUUGUAGUUUUAUGCUGUGAACCACCCUAGGCCUAUGGAUGAAGGACAGUAGGCAAAUGUCAUUAUAUUAUUAUUAUUAUUAUUAUUAUUAUUAUUAUUAUUAUUAUCAUUAUUAAUUAUUAUUAUUAUUAUUACAGGGGGGUCCUCAUCCCCCACCGCAACCCAGAGUUCUCCAAAGGCCAAUUUCCACAGAGAUGGUCAGAGGAAAGCAGCUUCUCUCUCUCCUGCCUCCUCCAAUUCUCCUCUCUUUCCCCUUAGAUAACACAGAAGAGAUGAGUAAAAGGUUUACUGGGUGGUUUUUCCUCUUAGAAAAUGCCUGGGUUGAGAGGAGGGCAGGAAUAAUACACAUCGGAUAUUAGAAAGUGAAGGAAACUGAUUUAAAAACCAUCAAGGAAGAUAUUUAUUCUGAUGAGAGUCUGCAAGGAGGAGUCUCAGUCUAGCAUGCGAUGCAAAGAAAUCCCCUUGAUCUGAAAGGGAAUUCGGGUUUUUUUAUGAAGAUGUCAAUUUCUGUCUCUUGGCUGACUCUGCCUAUUCUUCUCUUUCCCUCAUCUUCUUCCCAACAGCAAAUGUCACUCUGGAUCCAGACACAGCCCAUCCUGAACUCAUCCUGUCCAAGGAUGGGAAAAGCGUGAGAAGGGGAGACAAACCUCAAGCCCUGCCUGAUAAUCCUGAGAGAUUCAGUGACCGGCCUUGUGUGUUGGGACGUGAGGGAUUCACAGCAGGCAGCCAUUUCUGGGAAGUCACUGUGGGAAGUGGGGGAUGGUGGGCUCUGGGGGUCGCCAGGAAGUCUGUGGAGAGAAAGGGCUAUUUUGACUUAAGUCCUGAGGGAGGAAUCUGGGCUGUGGAGAAGUGGGGAGAGAAGUACUUGGCCUGCACCUCCCCUGAUGACUCUCCUCUGUCCCUGAGUGAGAAGCCCAGGAGGAUCCGGGUGACUCUGGACUAUGAAGGGGGACGUGUGUCUUUUUCUGACGCUGACUCAGGAGCCGAACUCUACACGUUCUCAGGAGCCUCGUUCUCUGGAGAGACCCUCCUCCCUUACUUUGAUCUGUGGGAAAAUGAAACCCACCUCAGUAUCUCCUGA